AUGAUGAGUGCAAUGAAAGGGUGGGCCUUUGCUCUGGUGGUGAUCUUCUCUGUGCUUCUGUCAUGGAGCAUCCCAAGAGGCGAGUCAGAGAGAGCCUUUCUCUCUUUCUCCUCCCAUGAACCACUGGUCAAAGUGGUUUCUUUGGCGUCUGCGGAUGGAGGCCAAGAUUUCUUCAUGGAGAUGACAGAUUCUGUUGCAAUGAACAUCGAGUACGAUUUCUACAGCGAUACAUGCCCUGAAGCUGAGACCAUUGUGAGGUCUACGAUGGCUCAGAUUUACUCCCAGCACAAGAAUGUCUCUGCUCAGCUUCUGCGCCUCUUUUUCCAUGACUGCUUCAUUCAGGGUUGUGAUGCUUCAGUCCUCUUGGAUCACAGCAAUGGGAAUAAAAACCAUUCCGUAGAGAAGCAGGCUGUGCCAAAUAAGACCUUGAAGGGAUUUGAUAAAAUUGAUCAGAUCAAGGAGGUGCUCGAAAAUGUUUGUCCUGCAGUGGUAUCUUGUGCUGACAUACUUGCUCUUGCCACAAGAGAUGGCGUUGUUCUGGCUGGUGGUCCCUUUUAUCCACUUUUCACUGGUAGAAGAGAUAGUGCCCGCUCCUAUUAUGAUGAAGCCAUGGCUGAGAUUCCAAAACCUGAUGAUAAUAUCACUCAGACACUUCAUCUGUUCUCACUCAGAGGUUUUACUGACAGAGAAACCGUCAGUCUUCUAGGAGGGCACAACAUUGGGAAGAUUGGAUGUGAGUUCAUUCAGUCUCGCCUGCACAACUUCAAGGGGACAGGGAAACCAGACCCAACUGUUUCUCCUAGUUUCCUCAAUGAGAUGAGAGUUUUCUGUGAAGACAAUGGUAACGAGAAGAGUAGCCAAGGAUCAUCCAUUGCAGCUACCAUGGCGUCUCCCAUGGCAUUCCCCACCGCAGGCCCCAUGGCAUCAUCCCCAAUGGCAUCAAGGGCAUGA